AUGGCCACAACUACCGUUGUUACCUCGGCGUCCAAGACGGGCCUCAAUGACGACAAUGUCCUCUUUGGUGCAAACCAGACAGAAGUCCACCGUCUUGACAUGCAACACCAAUGCAUACACGACGCCAAUCCCACGUUUGUCUACGCCCCCUUGGACCUGUCAAAGGGAGGGUACAAAAUCUUGGAUCAGGCAACGGGAAGCGGCAUCUGGAUCCGCGAGGCCCGCGCCGCAGCAGGCGCAGACAACGAAUGGGUGGGCAGCGACAUCGAGGACCAGUACUUCCCGACGGACCCGCCGGCCGACACCACGUACAGGCACCAGUCCAUGACGGAGCCGUGGCCCGAGCACUGGCGCGGGUACUUUGACCUGGUGCACUCGCGCAUGGCCCUGCCCGGCGUCGGCGUCUUCCCGCUCGCGACGGCGGUCAAGAACCUCAUCUCGCUGAUCAGGCCCGGCGGCUGGAUCCAGCUGGUCGAGGUGGAGUGGAACGACUGGCGGAUGGGGCCCGAGGGCACCGUGUUCCGCGACGCCAUCAGGGGCCUCUUUGCGGCCGUCACCGGCGGCCAGGGGGUCGACCUGCGCGAGAGGCUGAUCCCCAUGCUUGAGGAGGCCGGGCUGGUGGGCAUCGGCUACAAGGUCAUAGUGACGCCCUUUGGUGCCCGUGCGAGCGAAAGGAUCCGCGCCACCAGCGAGGCGAGCUUGUUUGCGACGGCGAUGGGGGUCAGCACCACGACGAGGAUGCUGCCGCCUAUUGGUGUUUCGCGCGAGCAGCUUGAUGUCAUGCCGGAGAGGGUGCUGGCUGAGGCAAAGAGGGAGGGUUGGGAGUCUCGGCAUUUUGUCUUGUGGGCGCAAAAGCCUCUUGCAGAGUAG